GUCUACCAAGUAUUCAACUCUUCUGGUUAUCCAACAACUAUGCAAUUAUCCGCAUGUUCACCGUGCCCUCGCAUGUGCAAACCGCCGCAGUGUCAGUGUCCCACACAUAAAGGAUAUCGAAGAGACAAAAGUGGCAACUGUGUUAAAUGCGACUGA